AUGGACUUGCAUGUAAUGCUUCUGAGGCUUGCGGUGAGAGGGGUGAUACUAGCAGCGAUAAUAGCUAGAGUUGCUACCGCUCAAGGCAUGCCUGGCUGCAAAGAUAGAUGUGGGAAUCUUAAAAUUCCAUAUCCGUUUGGGAUGAGCCAAGGCUGCUACCUAAACGACUCAUUUCUCAUCACAUGUACGUACUCCAAAACGUAUCUGAACGGUAAUUUAUCUGUCCUGAACAUAGCACUCGAGGGUCAACUGCGAAUUUUGUCCCCGAUUGCCACUGUUUGCGGCAGCUCGCAGGGUAAUACCACCAAGUAUCAACCGCUUUCAACUAGUUUCCCCAUCUCCACUACAAGAAACAAGUUCAUUGCCGUAGGCUGUAAUACUACAGGAGCCAUCCGUGUCUUUCUGGGGAAAACUUACACAGCCACGAGUUGCAAGUCUUUUUAUAACACGACGAAUAAAUUAAUCAAUGGAUCGUGCUCAGGCACGGGCUGUUGCCAGACCUUCAUUCCCAAAGGAUUACGGGACUUCAAGAUAGUGGUAGAGAACUAUUUUGGCAAUGUGUAUCUACGGAACCCCAGCUUCUGCAGCCAUGCCUUUGUGGUCGAACAAGGGUAUUAUGACUUCUCGUCGCUAGAUCUUUAUAGCGACUCACCCAACCUCAAUCCAUUCCCUGUGGUGCUAGAUUGGGCAGUCGGUGAGACAAAAUGUGAACAAGCUAAAAAGAACAAGACAGGUUAUCUAUGUCAGGAGAAUAGCGAGUGCUAUGACUGGGAUGGUGGGGCAGGAUAUCACUGCAGAUGCUCUAAGGGUUACCAGGGGAACCCAUACCUCCCAAACGGUUGCAAAGAUGUCAAUGAGUGUGACGACGAUCAAGGCCACAAUGAUUGCACACACAUCUGUAGGAACACUGCUGGGAGAUAUGUUUGUCUUUGUCCUAAGGGUUACCAUGGAGAUGGCAGAAAGGGUGGACAAGGUUGCUUGCAAACUAAGGCCACUGUGGGUAUGAGCAUGAGCCUCGUGUUUAUGUUUGUCAUCGUCUCUGUCUUAUAUUGGGGAGUCCGCAAAAAGAAGAUCAUGAAGCGCAGAGAAACCUUUUUUAAGCAGAACGGUGGUAUAAUGUUACAACAACUGCUUUCCAACUGCAAAAGGAAAGGUUCUGCUCAAGGAGCCAAGAUUUUUACGGAAGAUGAGCUCAAGAGAGCAACAAACAACUUCGGUGAUGGCAAUGUUAUUGGCCAAGGAGGUUAUGGCACAGUUUAUGCAGGAACUCUAAAAGAUGAUAUGAUCGUCGCCAUCAAAAAGUCCAAGGUGGUAGACCGAGGCCAAAUUGAGCAAUUCAUUAAUGAGGUAGUUAUUCUCUCCCAAAUCAAGCAUCCAAAUGUGGUGAACCUCUUGGGUUGUUGUCUAGAAACACCAGUUCCCCUACUAGUAUAUGAAUUUAUCACCAACAAUACCCUCUUCCACCACAUACAUGAUGAAGGUCGUGUAUCCUCAAUGCCAUGGGAACUGCGUUUGAGAAUAGCAGUAGAAACUGCUGGAGCACUUGCACAUAUGCAUUCUUUUCCAAUAAAUAUAAUUCAUAGAGAUGUCAAGUCUGCCAACAUUCUAUUGGAUGAUCAAUACACUGCAAAAGUAUCCGACUUUGGAGUUUCAAGAUUGGUUCCUUUAGAUCAAACUCAACUACCCACAUUGGUGCAAGGGACAUUUGGUUACUUAGAUCCCGAGUACUUCUAUUCAGGCUUAUUAACCAAGAAAAGCGACGUCUAUAGCUUUGGAGUUGUCCUUGUGGAGCUACUAACUGGGAAGAAUGUUUUCUCUCUGGAUAGACCUGAAGAGGACAGGGGUCUAGCAAUGUAUUUCAUUUCUUCGCUCAAAGAAGGUCACUUGCUUCAAAUCCUGGAGGAUCGAGUGAAGAAAGAGGGACAUGCUGAGCAGCUAAAAGGAGUAACUGAGGUAGCAAAAAAAUGCUUACGAUUGAAGGGACGCAAAAGGCCUACCAUGAAAGAGGUAAAAGAGGAGCUUGAGGCAUUGAGAAACUCCAAACUCAACCAUGGAUCAGAAUUAGACCAUACAUAUAAGAAAUGA